UAUACAGGGGAAAAGCAGUAAGAAACGCAGUCAUGAAGGUGUUUGUUGUGCUCGUUAUCGCAGCUCUGUCUGGCUGCCACGCCAACCUCUUCUAUGCUGAUGAGCCCAAGCCACAGCUGGAAGUGUUGACUGAUGCCUUCUGGGACUAUGUUGCCAAGGCAACCCAGACAGCUGAUGACACCCUGCAGAUGAUCAGGAAGUCUCAGUUUGGACAGGAAGUCAAUACCCGUCUGACAGAAAGUGCUGAUAUGGCCAGCAGGUAUGCAGUCACCCUGCAGGAGCAGCUACCCCCGAUGGCCCAGGACCUGAUGACCAAGAUCACCGCAGAGGCUGAAGUGCUUAGAGAGCGCCUGAGCCAUGACCUGAGCACUGUCAGGGACAAGUUGGAGCCCUACGCUGAGGACAUGAAGGUCAAGGUCCAGCAGCGGGUGGAGCAGCUGAAACAGGAGCUGGCCCCCUACGCAGAGUCCCUUGACUCUGAGGCCCUGAAGACCACCCUCAUGCAGAAGAGCGAAGAGCUGAAGACCAGCCUGGAGCAGAGCUUCCAGGAGCUCCAGUCUCAGCUGGGCCCCUACACAGAGGAGCUGAAGCAAAAAGUGGACCAGCAUCUGCAGGACUUCAAGGAGAACGUGGGCCCCAUGACCGAGAAGGUCCAGGUUGAGGUGGCUCAAAGAGCCAUGCUGAUGAAGCAGAUGGUGGCUCCCUAUGCUGAAGACCUGAGGGGCAAGCUGGACCCUUACGCCCAGGAUCUCCAGGCCCAGCUCACCUCCCUCUACCAAUCCUAUGUCAAUGCCAACUAAGCAACCUAACCUACCCCAUCACUCACUAAGACACUGGCCCUAUCUGGUCUACCUCUGCUUUGCUCAGUGAAACAUCCAACGUAAUCACUGCAAUACUGAAUUGUACUGUAAACCAAAUUAAACCAGGCAAAUGCCACCAACAUAGUAUUUAUUGCUAAGUGCAAGGCAAGAAAUGCAAU